CCGUUUGUCGGCUCGGCCACACAGUCAUCUGGGCGGAGUGAGGCGGAGCGACUUUCGCCACAACAAACUACACGAAGCUGCAGAUGGACGUUUGACGUUUUGAUCGUUUUCCUGCAUCCACCACCGCCGCCGCCACCAUGGCACAACCAGCCGAGAGGGCCUACUACCGCUUUGUGGUGUUGUUCUUCAACUGCCUGCUGACGUUCGGCUCGUAUUUCUGCUUCGACAUCCCCAGCGUUCUGCAGGACCAGUUUCAGGGGAACCUGACGUGUCCCAACACCACAGUGAUCAAUGGGACGGUGGACUGUGUGCUGGGCCUGGGGAUGAGCCCGCAGCAAUACAACCUCCUCUACGCCAUCUAUGCCUGGACUAAUGCCGUGGUGGUCAUACUGGCCGGCUUUUUGAUAGACAAGCUGGGAAAUCGCUUCGGGGUGUUCCUCUUCUCCUUCUUGUGUGUCGUGGGUUCGUCCGUCUUUGCCCUGGGCUCCCAUUUCAAGGGAACUCCCUACCUGCUGCCCCUCAUGCUGUCAGGUCGCCUCCUGUUUGGCUCCGGCAACGGAUCCCUGACCAUUGUUCAGAACCGGAUCACAGCGUUCUGGUUUAAAGGGAAGGAGCUGGCCCUGGCCUUCGGGCUGACGUUGGCCUUCUCUCGCCUCGGUUCUGUGCUCAACUUCUUCCUCACGCAGCGCUUUGAGGAGCGCUUUGGCAUGGAGUGGACUCUCUGGGGUGGUGCGUUGCUGUGUUUGCUGGGCUUUGUGUCGGCCGUCAUCGUCAGCGUCCUGGACAAGGCGGGCAUGAAGCAGUUGGGUUUGGACGGAGCCAUCCAGGAGGAGUCCCGCAAAGUGAGGGUGCAGGACGUGAAGCUUCUCUCUCUGAGAUACUGGCUGUUGGUCCUCACCAUCAUGUUCUUCUACAACGGCAUCUUCCCCUUCAUCGCUGACGCCAGUAAGUUCAUCCAGGACAAGUACAGUGACUACAGUCAGAAGGAAGCUGCCUACAUCGCUGGGGCUGUUUAUGACAGCUCCCUGGUCCUCUCCGCAAGCGUGGGCAUCCUCAUAGACUACGUGGGUCUGCGGGGUGUUUUCGCCUUGGCCUGUGCCAUCCUCACGCUGCCUGUGUUCGGUCUGCUGGCAUUCACCUUCGUCCCUCCUCUGGUCUCCACGCUGUGGCUGGGGGUCACCUACUCCUUCGCUGCUGCAAGCAUGUGGCCAUCCAUCCCCUUGGUGGUCCCUCAGGCAACUUUAGGGACAGCCAUGGGCCUGGCCACCUCCAUCCAGAUGAUUGGCAUUGGGAUUUCCAAUCUUGUCGUCGGACAGAUUUUGGGUACCAAGUCUAGCGAAACUAAAAUUCCAGUGUGGCGCUGGCAGAGGAUGAUGAUCUUCAUGUUGGCCAACACCAUCAGCUGCAUCGUCGUCUCCGUGCUCCUCAAUAUAGUGGACCACCGACAGGGUGGGACUCUGAACAAGACGACCAAGAGGUCUGCAGCUCCGGCUGCCGACGGCCCCACUGACAGAGAGCCUCUUAUGGAGGGAGAGGAGGAGCGUGAUGAAGAUCAGCCAAACGCAACCAGACAAUAGCAGACGCCCGAGAGAACUGUCAGCGGCGACAAGGUUAGGCUUGUCGUUGUAGUGCCAUUAUUACACCAGUGUUACUUCCUCUAAAUACCACAAAUUAACUAUCACCUCUUUUCGCCAGUAGAUAAAGCCAGUGGCCUUCCUAACAGAGCGACUCUGGGCUUGUCAAGUCAAUUUUAUUUGUAUAGCCCAAUAUAACAAAUUACAAAUUUGCCUCAAGGGGCUUUACAGCAGCACAACAUCCUGUCCUUAGACCCUCACAUCGGAUAAGGAACAACUCUCUAAAAAAAAGCCUUUAACAGGGAAUAAAAAUGGGAGAGAACCUCAGGGAGAGCAACAGAGGAGAGAUCACUCUCCCAAGACGGACAAUAUGCAGUGGAUGUUGUGUUUACACAAUUUACACAAUACAGCAUUGAAAGAGGAUAACACAAUUAUAAUGGAAUUAUAAAAUAUAUGAAGAAUAUGAUGUGCAGGAUGCCAGGCAGUGUCCAGACGCCACCGGAACAGCCCAGGACCCGGGGCCACACGACCACCAUCACCAUACAGACAAAAAAAAAAAAAAGUCACAGAAGGGGAAGGAUCUAACAUUAAAACAGGAUAACAAAAUUAUAUGGCUUUACAAGAUGUAUAAAGAGAAAAUGCGAUGAGGCAGAUGCCGAGUAGUGUCCAGAUGGCGUGGCAACCACCGUCACCAUGGAGACCUGGGAGGAGGACACACUGCAUGUGCACAUAAGGGAGACGCUUCACACACACGGAAGAAGAGAAAAUAGAAGAAAUCAUUCAGGGAGAGAGAAAAGACGUGUGAGAGAAGAGAACAGUUUGCAGUAGUAAAUAAUCUAUACGCUAUAAUCUCGUCGGCAAAACAGUGGUUGGUAAAUUCAUUGAGACAGAAACUGACCCGCCAUGCAGUACAGGUUGUGAAGCACUCAACUUAAAGGCAACUAAUUGUAGGUUAAGGUAAAAAGAUGACUCUAAAGUUUGGAUUUAAAGGACUCAAUGGACUCUGAUUGUCUGAUGGCAGCAGGCAGGUUAUUCCACAAGAACGGGUCCCGAUAGGAAAAGGCCCUGCCACCAGCUGACAAACAACCAAUUCACUUUUUCCCUUAGAAAAAGAGCUAGGGGAACCCAUGUCUCUCAAACGCUGACUCUCCUUUGGAUUUAAAGGACUCAGAACUGGAUCGCUCUGUUGUGCAUCACCUUUUGGAAAUGUAAUUUGAUGCCAAUAAUCGAUCAUCAGAUGGCUCAGCGGUAAAACCAGCUGUAUGGAACUGAACGAUUACUGGUCAGCACGUUAGGUGUGUCGUUGUACAAGUCGCCAAAUCCUUCCAGUGUGUAAAUAGAAAAUAUGGGUACUGGCAGGGAGCUUAAAACAUUAGUUUAUCUUUGAUGCCGUGUGCCAUUGAUAAACAGUGCCCACAAUGCAUCAAGCCUAGCCAGUGUACCCAUUUAUACGCACUAAAUACAUCCG